AUGACGAUGUCUUGCCCGUCGCACUCCCAACUUUCUCUCCCUCCGCCCACCUUACUUUUCAUGGUACAUCGCCCAGCGGACUCACGGCUGCUCACAAAUCUUCUCCAACAUGAGAAGGAGUACUCGAAGCAGCUCAACCAGCUCCUCGACACGUCCUCGGCGUCGCUAGCCUCGUUCGCCGCGUAUGCUGCGGCCUCGCCCCCACCCGCGUCCCAGGUCAUCAUGGCUAUAGCGGGAACGCUCGCAGCGGCGGACGAGGCGCUCAAGCGGUACAGGCAGGGUGUGGAGGAGUGGAGAGACAAUAUGCGAAUGCUGAAGGAGAUGGAGGACGAGGUGGGGAACAUCAUGCGGGACCGGGAGAUUCUUGUGAACAGGCUUAUAAAGGCUUCGAAGUCGCAGAAGCAGAGCUCUGGUAGUAUACGGGACUCGUUGCUCCUUGGACACCAACCUUUUCCUUCGUCAUCAACACUGUCGUUGCAGGACUCACCAUCACCUCCUCCGUCACGACCACUUUCCGCGUCGUUCUCGUCGUCAACCAAACUCGCCGCUGCGCAGUCGGAGCUGCAAGCCUGCGAGACGCACCUCGCCGCCAAAGAACGCGAGCUGGCAGCUAAGAGAGCGGCCUCAGUCCGGGAUGGCCUCGGUGCACGGGCGCGAGCGAUGAUAGAGUGUGGCUGGGCAUGGAGCCAGCUGGGCAAGGAGGCUCUGCGGACGCUGGAAACGUUGCGUGAACAAGACCGUCCUGCAUCCGACGUGUCGUCCAUUGGGCCGUCACAAUCGGCGUCUCAGAUCACCCACCACGAAGACACUGCUAGUGGUGCUAGUGCUAGUGCGCCGCCGCCGCCGAUUAGUAGCAUCAUGAGUUCAGGCAUCCUCGGCGACCUCCCUCCUCCUCCUCCUCCGCCGCCGCCUCCACUCUCCGCGGACCCACGCCCUCCCUCGGGCACCACAACCACCACGACCACGUCUUCACUAUUCUACACGCCAGCAACGGCCACGACAUACAAGCUGGAAACCGUUACGUACGCGCCUGCUGUUGCACUGCACGUGCCUCCCUCAAACAUUAACGCUAACGUCAACACCAGCCCUGGUGCCGGUGCUGGUGCGAGCCAGGCCACUGCAACUCCGUUCGCACCAGUGACGAACGAGAUCCAUAACGACGACUCGACGCACCGAAACGUGCACUUACCGGCCCCACAUGCCCUCGACGGGUACGCGUACGACAUACCCAUGGCCGAACCACCCGCGGCUGUUGCAGGGCCGUCACGGGCGUACUCUCCCGUGAAAGGCCUCAGGCGUCAAGGGACGUCGUCUGGGUACUCGACACCCACGCGCCAGGGAAGUCCGUUCACGGGUCGGCACGUGCUGGAAAGGAGGAUUACGGAGGAGGAGCUGAAGAGGGCCAGUGCUGAGAUCGCGGUGCAGGGUAAGGGCCAGGAGGAGGACGAGGAUGGGAGUACGGAGGAAGAUGAUCACCGGCUUGUUAGUGGGGGCAAGCUGGCUGUUGUGGAGAAUCCAAGGUUUAUGAGUGAGGCGAGGAAAAGAGAGCUGGAGAAGGAGAGGGAGAGGGCGGAGAAGGAGAGGAGGGAGGAGGCGGAGAGGGAGAGGAGGAGAGCGGAGGAGGCAGAGCGAGAGCAGAGGAGGAAGGAGAAGGAGGAAGAAAAGCGGAAGGGAAAACAGAAGGAGGAGGAGGAGGAACGCGUCGUUGAGCCGACGAAGGAGAAGAACCGAUUUUCACUACGGCCUCAAAAGCAUCAUGCACCCGAAUCUGGCCGUCCAGAAGAUUCACCCACGAAAACCGAUGUUCCUACUUCAUCGCCCUCAAAACCGACAUCCAACACCUCUCCGUCGAAAGGCCUCUUCGGCACGCUACGUGGUCUGUUCGGGAAGCAUCCAAGCCCCAAAAAGGCCCGCUCUGGCACUAUUACUGCAGACGACGCCGACGUCUCCUCAGAUUCGGAUGACGAUACCACGGCGUCACCCAGCAAACGUGGGGGCCUGUUCCGCUCGCGGUGGAAGGGGCACGCCAAGUCCAAGUCCAGCGUGUCCCCGUCGAAGUGGGAGAGUCGAACGGAGAAGAACGUCCGUCAGUUGUUGGCAGAGACGCCGAGGGCGGCGAGCUUUGAUGAGGAAGCUGGACGCGGUGUUGUUAAGGUUGGGGCGGUCGCGAGAUCGGGUACAGGAAGUGCGGUACAUCUUGGGUCUGGCCAGGAGCCGCGCAAGCCGCUGCCGAGAAUGAGGUCGGUCAGCGACACAGGCGUCGUUGGGGCUUCGAGUCCUAGUGGGGGAAGGAGGCUGAAGAAGAACCGCACGGGGCCGCCUGUGGCUGCUUCAGCUGCUGCUGCUAGUGCUGCUCUGUCUUCCUCGUCGACUCCGGCGCAUAUACCUACCCGGUCGGCGUCUACAAGUGGUGCACAGGCUCAGGCUCGACCGUCAGCCAGAGCCUCUGCGACGUCAAAUGAGAUGACACCAACAGGAAAGAGACGCAGCGCGAGCAUUGAUAUUGCUGUGGAGAAUCGACGGAGCUUCAUCGAGGAGGAGAUGGAAAGGGACAGCAGUGGCGGCGAGAUGAUUGUGGAUCUAGGGAAGAGGAGAAGGAGGGCGGCGAGUGAGAUAGGAGGAGCUUCAGCCAGCCCGACGACGCCUGUUCGUGCUCAGAUGGGCCCGAUUCCGACGGCUCCUGCACCUGCACCUGUCUUGGUGUCAAGAGAGCCUGCGAGGCAGCAGACAACGCCUGCGCCUGCUCCUGUGCAUGUGAAGGGGUACUCGAGCGAUACGGCUGCUGUCGCCCCGCUCGCGUCGAUGAAGAGGAAGAAGAGCCUGACGAAGAAGAAAACCCAAGCAGCGUCUACGUCGACUCCUUCAGCUCCAGUUCCAGUUACUUCGUCUUCUGCGCCUCCACCGGCGACAACGUCGACCUCAGCCAAGAAACUAUCCACGAAAUCCCCCAAGUCAACCGGGGCGAUGGCCAGCAAAACCUCCCUAGCCCACCCUUCUGGUACACCCACAACUAUCGCGAUCGGACCAUCCACGACAGCCACUGUCCUGCCCGCCACCGGGGGUACGCCCAGCGGCACCCUCGUCCCACAAGAAGGCUGGGCCGCACAGUCCCAAGCACCAGGUGGGAGCUUGUCAAGGAACUCAUCGAUCCUCAGCGCGGCUAGCGCCCCGCCUGGGUCGGGUGGUGGGCCGGUGAAAGGGAAGAAGCAGAAGCGGACGACGCUGGGGCAGGGUAUGGGAAAUAGUACAGGCGACGGGCUGGCGAGGCACGCGUCGUUGGGGUCCCCUCCGGCUCCGGCUUCGUCGUCUCUCGCUCAUGGGUCAACAACGCAACCCGACGCGACGAGUGCAGGAGGUGUUGGGGGUCUCGUACACCCUGCUGCCGCUCCUCCGAGCCUGAUGAGCAUCGUCGAGGACGUCGCACGCGGAAAUCGCGAGGGCUGGGGGCAGGACACGAGGAAGAGCGUUGGCGGGUCCCAGAUCCCGAGUGGGCUGGCUGAGGUGGUGAGAGCCCCUCCGAGGCUGACGAGGAACGAGCUGGAUAGGAUUGGCUCGCUGGAGGUCAAGGCGAAGGCUGCGGCGGGCGCGGGUGGGAGUGCGGGUGCGGGUCCUGCGGCUGGGAGUGCUGGUUCAAACCUUUUCCAGAUCAAGGCUCCUGGGUCGGUGUUUGAUGUACGGCGGCAGCAGCAGCAGCAAAGCACUGAAGCCGAAGGAGCCGAAGCUCCAAGGACGGCGAAGACCCAACGCUCGACGUCGGUCCAGGACAAGGGCAAGAAACCUAUUCGCGGACCCAGCACACCUGCGAGUUCCGCAACGGGGCCAAAUGCUAAUGCCCAACCUCCUGCUCCUGCUCCUGCUGUUAAGAUGCCUUUGAGAAGUGCACUGCGGAAUCCCAGCCCAUCGCCUUCGCCUCAGCCCCAUCCUCAUCCUCAUACUCAACCGGGACCCUCUAUUCUUCACCGCCAUCCGCUACCUGCGUCCAACGUGGCUACAACUUCUCAUGUUUUUGGUUCACGGUCAAGUCCACAGAUCCCCGAACCAAUGGUUAGGCGGGACAAAGGCAAGGGAAAGGCUCCUCCACCCCAAGAAGAUUCGGCGAACGAGUCUUCAGCGGACGACACAGGCAACGAAGUCUUCUACUCUGACGAAGAGGAGGUCGAGCGACUCCCUCCUGGUCCUCUUGCGCCCCUAGCGCAGCCAGCAGCGAAGGAUAGUACCUCAGGGCAGGGAUUGGCCAACGGGCACGCGGAAGGAUACGGCUCCGAGGUCUCAGAGUCUACCGCGUCGACUGCGUUAGCCUCAACAGGUCAAACGCCUACCCAAAUACCUCGGAGGAGGAAGAGCGUGCGCGUCUCGCUCCAACCGACCUUCUCGCCCUCUCCACCUGCGAUCGAUUAUGACGACGAGGAAGAGGCGAGGGCGCACGCUCCUUGGGCUUGGGAGCAGGAUGCUCAUACUCAUAGAGAGCAUGAGCAUGUAGAGCAUGGGCAUGUACACGCGCCUGUCGCUGUCCCCGCUGCGCAGCCCAAGACGAUCGCGGCGACUAUUGAUAUUUGGGCGGACUCGAGCGAUGAGGACGAGAGUUAUGCGCGGGCGAAAAGGAUGCUGUCGAGGGCGGCGAAGAAGGAGAAGGAUGUGACCUUGAUGGUUGCGAAUCGGAUGUGA